CAGAAAACAUGUUUGUUUAGGAAACACUGCUCAACAUUUUUCAGCAUUUUAUGAAAUUUUAUUAAACAACCAAGUAACCGAUUAAUUGAUUAUGAAUAUAGUCAUUAGUUGCAGUCCCAGUAUGAAUUAUUGUUUGUAGUGGAGAGAGAGAUAUAUUUCAUGUUUACAGCCCACACUAAUGCUGUAUGUUGAUCAUACUCAACAUGUCACCACUGGCAACACCUUCAGGUCUUUAACUUCUCAGAGAGUUUGUAUAUUCUGCAAUUUUCCAACUUGAUGACCACUGAUUGUCUUUAAAUGUCCACCAUAAGAAAUAAUUUAGGCUACAAUUAAACGUUGCAUGUGUAUCUCAAUAUGUAAAUAGUUUUAUUUCAGUUAAAUAAGUUCAGUGUACAAACAGUUCAGUGUACAAACAGCGUACUACUUGUAAUAUAGAAUAUUCUGUUAAAAGUAAAUUUAAAAAAGAAUACGAAAUUGAAAAUGUAAAUUGCCUAAAACAUUUAUGCACUCACUGAAAAAGUGCGCCAAAGAUAUCUGCCACACACUAAAACAUAAAAGUAGAGAAAAUAACAAUUUAAUUUUAACAAUAAAAUAAUUCAUUAAUAUUAAAUAAUUAGAAAUUUUUCAGCUUCCAUGUCCGCAUCAAAUUGUAUUAAAACAUUGAUACUAAGCCUACUUAUUGAUACUAAAAUUUAAUAUCUGUUUUCAUUGGCAUUUAACACAAUCAUUUGUCUGAAAGUGUUAUGUUUCUCUAUAAAUGCCAAAAAUUGAAGCUGUGGAAAGUUGAUUUGCACCAUGACAUGGCAGCUGACCUUCUUACUUCUAUUUGAUCAACAAUGAAAACAUGGUGUCAGCAGAAGCACAAAAAACAAACCGUUAUGGUUAAAUUAUCCUGUAUUUUACCCCUAAACGUGACCUUUUCCAAACAGGUGUCGUUUUUGCAUUAUAUUUUAUUCAAAAUGCCUUUUAAUUCUUUGUGUCGUGUUUGAAAGUCCGAUGAAAACAACUCGAAUGAGUAUGAACACGUGGUCUAAUAUAAGCCCUACAUGGCUGCUAUUGAAAGCAAGGUUUUCGGAAUGUAUUGAUGGUCCGUUAUCCUGAGUGAGCGUCAGUCCACAUCGACCUAGAACGCGCUGUGUCUGAGUGAUCCAGGUCCAGUAUUAUGUAAAUCAGCGCGGGGGUGGUGUGUGGCUGCAGCGGCUCUGAGCUCGGGACCAGUUCGCUCCUUCCGUCUGUCUGUCUGUGAUUCAUCCCCGAAACAAACCCCUCACUUCACGCUCUCUCUGUGUGUCUUAACACGAGCAGCGCACGCUCCGAAUACACGUUUUGACCGUGUGUAUUAGUAAUUGCAAUGCAGAGAAGACUUAAUCUGCGCGUUCACCGCAGAGUGUUAAUCUACGGGCAUGAGCAGCGCGCGUUCAAACGCCUCCCCCACUCAGUUAGUUAAGCCAGUGUUAUUUUAAAGCGUCACGCAUUUCAGAAAAAAAGCCAGCCCUGGUCCUUAAUGUCAUGUAACAAACAUACUGUGUGUGUUCUCUCAUUCACGCAGUGCACAGAGACGCUGCUGCCAUCACUGCGUUACAAUGUAGAAGCAGUGCGUUCUGUGCUGUGCCUGGUUUGAGGUUUACAGAGACCGAGUUGAAAGUAGGUCGGGCUGGGCUUAAGCGGCUUAGCUACGUCAGGCUAAGCUGGGAGGAAUUCAUCCAAAGCUCUCUGCGGUAGGCGGGGGCCUAAACGAGGCUGGCCUAGUUAAGCCUGAUUCUUAUUGUGUGCAGCACAGCCUGUUUUUGUAGUGUGGCGUAGCUGAGAGUGCAGCCAGGAGUAGUGUAUGAUUCCAUUGCACAUAUUAGACACUUAUGUUUGAUAUAGAGAAGAAGAAGAGAUGGCAAAUGAGACAUUUUUGGGACUAAGACCAGUGGUAGUUUUAUCACUGUGGAGCAAGAGGAGCCAGUGGUAGGAACAACAAAAAACAGGUGAGAAGAACUGUGGUUAGUGAGGGCUGACCACAAUAAACCAGACUUGGUCAGUGGGAAUCCGCAAUGCUACGAGAUGGCGUCCAGCUCUGUGUUUAUGUCCAGUAUGGUGGGUAAGGCUCGCUCCUCCAACUUCACCCUCUCUGAAAAGCUGGACCUGUUGAAGCUGGUGCGACCCCACAUCCGCAUCUUGGAGGAGCACACCAACAAGCAUGCGGUCAUUGUGGACAAGAACAAGUGCUGGGAUAUCGUGGCUGUGCAGUACAAUGCCCUGGGAGGUGACAGACCUCACCGGACCGCUCAGGGCCUCAGGACCCUCUACAAGAGGCUGAAGGAGUCAGCCAAGCAGGAAGUGAUGCAGCGCAGACACGCACAGCCAGAGUACAGAGCAAGCAUCUCUGAGCCAACCAGGAGAAUUAUGGAGAUGAUCCCUCACCUGUUUCACCAUGUGCCCAUCCAUGAAAAGGACCAGGCACUGCGCAGAUUAAUAUACAGCAAGCACAAUUCUCCAAUUGAGCAUCCUGGCAGCAGCUCCUCUCUGGCUGGACUCCAGGAUUACUCAGCAGCUAUCUCAAAUGCCCCCCAUGAAAUAGUGCAGCUGGACCCUGAAGACGAUGUAAAACCUCCGCCAGACCUCCCCAUUCUUUCUAUAAACACAGGCCCAGAGCUGGAUGGAGGCCAGGAGAGGGAGGGUGAGCAGGACUUGGGUAGUGUCCAUGAGUAUGAAGCAUCCCUGUCUCCCUCUCCUUCCUCUGUUAACGUCCCCCUCUCUACCUCGCCACUGCCCUUACACCAUGACCUCUUCCAAAGCGACAUUUACCCCCACCAGGAGUACAACAGGUUUCGCCCUCUGCAUCUGGCCAAAGAGGAGCACGAGUUAGUGUUGGCCAAUCACAGGAAGGUUGCCAUGUACCUGGAGGAGAAAAGAGAGGGGCUGAAGAGGAAACAGGAUCUGGAGGAGGAACUUCUGAAAGCCAAGAUUAAAGUGGAGAAACUAAAGGCUGCCCGACUGAGACACGGACUGCCAGUUCCUCUAUAACAAGCGUUGCCAUGCAUGUUUGUAGGCAGUGUCAGACAGACAGACAGAGCUCCUGAGGAGUCCCUGAUUAGAAAUCAAACUCUGUGUCUGAAAGCUGUUUGUUUUGGAAACAUGGUGCCUCAUACAAACACUGAAACUCUGUUUGAUAUAGAAGGACAAGGCUGACUUGUGUUGCUGGGUCAGACGUGAUUUAUUAUUCCUGUACUUUUUUGGCAGCAGAUUUGUAGAUGCUCUUAUUACUAACACUGUGAUGGGUCAAAACAGGAAUAAUAACUGUUCCAGUCCAGAUUUUUAGAAGGGAAUAUUUGUAGUUGUGCCUGUUUUUCUAUACCUUACUGGUACAUUUAUUGCCUGGAUCCUCGACGAAUAUGUGUUUGUGAGAAUGUUAGAAUAGCAUUAAUGAUCUUUACUAGAAGGUUUAUGACUCAUAAACUCUAAUAAUGAUAUACUGGAGGGACAGGAGUGUGAAAGUCUGCCGAGAAGAUGUGACAGAUUAUGGCAGAUUGUUUCAUGCCUUAUUGAACUGAAAUCUGUUGAACUCGGAUUUAGCCAGAUUAAAUUGACAUUUUAUAGUUUUGCUAGUUGUAAAAAAAAAAAAAAGUAGAAAAGAAAAACACUCCAAAACUUUUUAGGCCUUAAAGUGAAUGAUCAGAAAUUCUUCUUGGUUUCUGGAUUAAUUGCCAGUAGAGUGAACACGAGAAGGGAGAUGUGUUUUUGUGAUGUUACUGUUAUUUAAUGCAACUACUGCAUUGAUCGUAUUGUAAUGUUGGAAUAUGAGCAUUUCCAUUUUCUUAUUUCAGUUUAUAUUUAUAUGUUUGCUUAUUUCUAUUAAAAAUGUAACGUUGAA